UGGACGGCAGCGAGGGGGAGGGGAUCGGGGGGUGCGGCCGGCCAGUGUCUGCUGUCGUCCAACCCGGGAGGGCGUGGGGACCCGGGGGGCGGUGAAAUAGCCGUUGUAGAUCCUCCUCUUUCAUUGAUGAAAUUUAAGUUCGUGUGAUUUUACCUUUUCCGGGAGUCUCUAGCUGGCCCUGGUUUGUGUCAGGAGCGCAGUGUAGACAGGAGUUCUAAGUAGACUCAGUCUCACUAAGUUUCUUCUCUUUGGAAGUGGGGGAGGUUUUCCUGUUUUUUUUUUGUUUUGUUUUUUUUUUUAAGGCAGUUUUAAUAGCUUUGAAUACUCUCUUAAGUGGCUAAACAUAGGAAGGGGAGAAAGAACACGUCGGUUGUUAAAGCAGGGGAGGAAGAGAUACCUGCCCUAUAGCGUAACUCCUCUAGAAAUUAAUAUAUACACAUCACAGUAUUUUAAUAAAUCCCUAAAAUGUCGAGAUAUGUACAAGAUCUUAGCAAAGCCAUGUCUCAGGAUGGUGCUUCUCAGUUCCAAGAAGUCAUUCGACAAGAGCUAGAAUUAUCUGUGAAGAAGGAACUAGAAAAAAUACUUACCACAGCGCCAUCACAUGAGUUUGAGAGAGCCAGUUCGAAUAGAACCAUGCUGUUUGUCAGCUGUGUAGAGAUUUCCCAGUGUAGACAGCACACUAAAAAAGACCUUGAUGGAUUUCGGAAGCUAUUCCAUCGAUUUUUGCAAGAAAAGGGACCUUCUGUGGAUUGGGGGAAAAUCCAGAGACCUCCAGAAGAUUCGAUUCAGCCCUAUGAAAAGAUAAAGGCCAGAGGCUUACCUGAUAAUAUAUCUUCUGUACUAAAUAAGCUGGUGGUGGUGAAACUCAAUGGUGGUUUGGGAACCAGCAUGGGCUGCAAAGGUCCGAAAAGUCUGAUUGGUGUGAGGAAUGAGAAUACCUUUUUGGACCUGACCGUUCAGCAAAUUGAACAUUUGAACAAAACCUACAAUACAGAUGUUCCUCUUGUUCUAAUGAACUCUUUUAACACGGAUGAAGAUACAAAAAAAAUACUACAGAAGUACAAUCAUUGUCGUGUGAAAAUCUACACUUUUAAUCAAAGCAGGUACCCGAGGAUUAAUAAGGAAUCUUUACUGCCUGUAGCAAAGGAUGUCUCGUACUCAGGGGAAAAUACAGAAGCUUGGUACCCUCCAGGUCACGGUGAUAUUUACGCCAGUUUCUACAACUCUGGUUUGCUUGACACCCUUAUAGGAGAAGGCAAAGAGUAUAUUUUUGUGUCCAACAUAGAUAAUCUGGGUGCCACUGUGGAUCUUUAUAUUCUUAAUCAUCUAAUGAACCCACCCAAUGGGAAACCCUGUGAAUUUGUCAUGGAAGUCACAAAUAAAACACGUGCAGAUGUAAAGGGUGGGACCCUCACUCAGUAUGAAGGCAAACUGAGACUGGUGGAAAUCGCUCAAGUGCCGAAAGCACACGUUGAUGAGUUCAAGUCUGUAUCAAAAUUCAAAAUAUUUAACACAAACAACCUAUGGAUCUCUCUUGCGGCAGUUAAAAGACUGCAAGAGCAAAAUGCUAUUGAUAUGGAAAUCAUCGUGAAUCCAAAGACUUUGGAUGGAGGCCUGAAUGUCAUUCAGUUAGAAACUGCAGUAGGGGCUGCCAUUAAAAGUUUUGAGAACUCUCUAGGUAUUAAUGUUCCUAGGAGCCGUUUUCUACCUGUCAAAACCACAUCAGAUCUCUUGCUUGUGAUGUCAAACCUCUAUAGCCUUAAUGCAGGAUCUUUGACAAUGAGUGAAAAGAGGGAAUUUCCUACAGUACCCUUGGUUAAAUUAGGCAGUUCUUUUACAAAGGUUCAGGAUUAUCUAAGGAGAUUUGAAAGUAUACCAGAUAUGCUUGAAUUGGAUCACCUCACAGUUUCAGGAGAUGUGACAUUUGGCAAGAAUGUUUCACUAAAGGGAACAGUUAUCAUCAUUGCAAAUCAUGGUGACCGAAUUGACAUCCCACCUGGAGCAGUAUUAGAGAACAAGAUUGUAUCUGGGAACCUUCGGAUCUUGGACCACUGAAAUGAAAAAAAAAAUACUGUGUACACUUCAUACUAAUUAUGGGCUAAACAGUUUCUUAACGAUGAAAUGUUCUCUAGGAUUCUAAAAUCGGCAGGUACUUUACUAUGCUACUGUACCCUGCAGUGUUAAUUUUUAAAGUAGAGUUUGCAAUAUGCUUUUAGUCCAAGAAAAGCACAGUUGGAAGCAAUACUUUUCUUUAAUGAGGAUCCUGAAAGUUCAUCUUAAAGUGCAAUAUUGUUUAAUCUUAAAACUGGGGCAGCUCUGCUGGAACAUCUUUGAACAGAGGCCUCAAUGAUGGUCACUUUGAAUUGCUUGUGAUUUAAAAAAUAAAGCUGUGAGGCAAUCCAUGUGUA